AUGCAGAAUUUCUUAAACUAUCAGUGUACUGAAGAAACAUGGGAACAACGCAUGUUUUCCGUGAAUUCGUACCAACAUUCGGAUUCUCAGCCAGCCGCGAAGCAAAGGUGUCAAGCGAAUGCGCGCGAGAGGGACCGGACACAGAACAGCGUCAACAUAGCAUUCAACACACUACGACUGCUCAUCCCUACGGAACCACCGGAUAGGAAGCUCAGCAAGAUCGAGAUUCUUCGCCUCGCUGGCAGCUACAUCACACACCUCGACAAUCAACUUUAUACCGGAGACUUGGAGCAGCCCUGUUUACAGAAGAAUGACGUAAGCGACCAAGAUAAAUCACUGUGCACUUUUUGUUGGUCGGCCGUUAAAAAAGACAAAUCACCACAGCCAGCUUCACAUAUGAAUUACUAUUAGUCAC